GAGCACAUAUUUCAGCUUCUGAAUGAAUUUAUUGAAGAGAAUAACAUUGACUGGAAAAAAUGCGUCGGAGUUUGUACAGACGGUGCUAGAGCGAUGACAGGCAGACACAACGGUGUAGUUGCACGAAUUAGAGAGUUUGCUCCAGAUAUGAAGUGGACGCACUGCAGCAUCCACCACGAGGCCUUGGCAGCCAAGAAAAUGCCUGAGGAUUUGAAAUCUGUGUUAGACUCUGCUGUCAAAGUUGUGAAUUUUAUCAAGGCUCGACCAAUGAAUUCACGUCUGUUGAGUGUGCUUUGUAAUGCAAUGGGCAGCGAACAUGUGCAGGUUUUGCUACAUACUAAAGUGAGAUGUUUAUCAAGGGGCAGAGUGCUCACGAGGCUCUUUGAGCUGCACUCUGAUGUACAGAUGUUUUUGCAUGACCAGCAAUCUCACUUGACAAGUCUAUUUGAUGAUCCAGUGUGGCUGGUAAAAUUUGCCUACCUGGCUGAUAUAUUCUCACGUUUGAAUGAGCUGAAUAUGGGACUGCAGGGGCUCUCUUUAACCAUUUUCGAUGUGUCUGACAAGAUCACUGCUAUGAAGAAAAAGCUGCAACUUUUUGUUAAUAAAAUCAACACAGGUGAUGUGUCUGCUUUCCCAACUCUGGAGAACCAUCUGCACACUUAUGGUGUGGAACUUGAUGCUGCUGUUCGAGAUGUGAUUGCAGUGCACCUCUUGUCAUUGAAAGAAGAGUUCUCAGAGUAUUUUCCAGUUGAGGCCACACCAGAGUGGAUCAGGAACCCCUUUACUGUUGAUGCCGAAGGAAUACCCAAGAAUCUCUCCUCUGCUGAUCAAGAGAAGUUGCUCGAGUUAUCAUCUGAUGUGACUCUGAUGUCAGAAUUGAAACGACAGUCACUGUUGCAUUUCUGGAUCCAAAGACAGAGUGAAUACCCAGCCCUCUCAUUAAAGGCUGUGCAAUUUUUUAUGCCUUUUGCUACUACCUACCUUUGUCAGAAAGGCUUCUCUGCUCUCAUUGCAAUCAAGACAAAGUACCGCAGCAAAAUGGAUGCUGAGCCAGAUCUGCGUUUGAAGCUCACUGCCCUCGUCCCUGACAUGGCUUUGCUCAACUAA